AGACGGGCCGAAUAGCUCUCAAUCCCUAACAAUGGCCACACCACUACCAAGCCCACCACCACCAUCACCGUCUGACCUCGAAGAGGACUACUCUCCUUCUUCAACCGUCAUAACCUUUCCUCGCCCGCUUCCUUUGCUCCGAGUUCCCACACCCGCCAGCUCACGCAACGAUCGCUCGGCUGGUCCAUUCGUCCUCGCCUUCCCGACCUCCCAGUCUUUUGGAUCUGCCUUCAAAGCCUGCGAGUCCAAAAUUGUCGACCAGUGCGAGGGCGGUGCACGGAUCGGUUGCGCCAUUAGCGCCUCCAGCAAGUGUAAGCCCCCAUGGUGGCAGGCUAUAAUAGGGGGAGGAGGCGUUCUCGAUUUAGAGGAGAGGGAGAAAUGUGAAGAGCGCGAGAUGGGGAUUUGUGUGGCUGCGUCGAAAGAGAAGUGUCUUCUGUUUGCGAAAGAGAAGUGUUUGGCCUCAUUUAGGGAUGCUCGAGUCGCAUUAAAUGAUCCAAUGGCGGGGUCGAAGAAGGUUUCGAAGUUAAUUUUCUGUGCAUCAAUGUCGGAAGAUAGUGUGGUGUCCAAUUUAGUUGGAAUUGAUGAAAUGGUUGAUUGGGUUUCAGCUUGCGAAGUUGAUGUGACAAAUUAUAGAGGGAGUGUUUUCCUCGAUUCUCAUAGGAGAGCUGAAAAGAUUUCUAAUAAGGGAAAUGGGAGCGAUUGAGUUAAGAAAGAGCACUUGGAUUGUCAUUUUAGGAGACAUAGAUAUUUGGGAGGUGAAGCUCAGGUGAACAAGCUUCGAGUUGGUUUGAGACCUUGAGGGUUGAUAAACGCAGGUUGCCUUGUUGCCUUAAACAAAGAUGCUGCAGGAUUAAGGGCCAAUGCUGCUGAACAAUAUAGGCAUCUUAGAAGGGCAUGAAGUGUAGUGGUUGCAGACCAUUGGAAUGAUCUGCUUGUAGCGAUGGAGGCUAUCCAUGGGUGGCGAAUUUGCUGAUGUGACGUAGAUUUGCCAUCGGGGCUGGUCAUGAUGUUUUGGCUAAAUUGCAGCGACAAUGUAUGGUUUUGAUUUCUCUCUUGUUUUCUUCCCAGUGAUAGACUGUCCUGAAACCAAAACGUUCUUGAACUGAUAGGUUGAAAUCUAGUUUUCUCACUGAAAGCCAUUAAGUGGUGGAGAGUGGAUAGCCAUAGCAUUUUUAUUGGAUUACAAUCGCGAUGCUCAUAAUCUUUGAAUAGAAGCAAAUUCAACGUAAAAAACAGAGUAUAUGCACAUCUGCCGAGAUUUGCUUUUUGCUAGUCCCUUCUCAUAAUUUGUUAUGCUUUGAAUGUGUUAUGGUUAGCCCUCAUCAGAUGUUUGUUAGGUGCACAGGUUUGUUGUGUUGACCACAGCAAGAGUGUCUUGUGAAAAGCCAGUGAAUUUGAGAAUGUGGUAUAUUUGGUAAUUAUUACUUUUGAGUGGUUGAUUGGUUACUAAAAAUUUGCAGGUAGCUAA